AUGCAAAACAUAUAUGAUUAUAACUAAAAUUAUAAUGUAUAAAAUUUUUAGGAAGUUUUAUUUAAUUCUUAAAAAAGUUAAGACUUUAAUACUUUGUAGCAUCAAAUUUUUACAGAUUUAGCCGAUUUUGAAUUUAAAAGAAUAGAAAAAAUUUAAUAAUAUAAUGAAUCAUAUAUUAACUAUUUUUUUGGAUAAGUUUUACUUUUUUUUAGUUUAUAUUUAAAGAAGUUAAAACUAAAAGCAAAUUAUAAAUAAACAUAAAUUUUUUAAUAAUUUUCUAAAAUAGCAGCUUUAUUAUGUAUUUAAUCAAAAUAUAUAUUAGUUUAAUAAUUAUAAGAUGAAAACUUUGACAAUUUUUAAACAUUUAUAAAAUAAAUUGAUUCAUAAUUAUUAUUCGAAAAUCAAAAUUUAAUAAAUUAAACAUAAAAAAUAGAACCGUAUUUAAAUAAUAGUUUAAAGUAUGAAAACUAAACACGUUUUAAAUAAUGGAAAUAAUUUUUGAAAAAAUGCUAAAACUUAAACAUAGUACAAAAUAUUAUUAAAUAUGAAAGAUAAGCGUUAUCAGAAGCUAUUAUUAAUGCAGAAAAAAUAUUUCCUUAAAUUUUAAAAAAUGGUUAUGAUUGCUUCAUAAAUUCAAACGAAUUAAUACAUUAAUUAAUAAAAUAUUUACACUUUGGAAUAAUUAAUUAAUGUAAUUAAGAUAAUAUGGUAUUUGUUUUGAAUAUAUUAGAAUAAAUAUUAUUAAAUUAAGAUAAUUAAUAAAAACUUGAAUUUAUUUAAAAUCUUUUUGACUCUUUAGAUUCUAUGAAAAUGGUUUUAGAUUUGCUUUCAGAUUCAUAAGAAAACCAUCUUACUGAUAAUUUAUUAAAUAGUCUUUUUGAUUUUACUAUUAAAAUGUUAGAAAAUGGCAAUUAAAAAGUUUAAAAUACUAUUUAUUAAUAUUUAAUAACUCAUUAAAAAAGUGAAAUUAUUUUUUAAAAAAUUUAUAUGCUUAUUUUUGACUAUAUUGAAUGCAUUAAAUUUCAAAGUAUAUUCAACAACUAUUACAAUAAUAAAAGACUAGAAUUCAAGAAAACGAUGAUAUUUAUGAUUUUUAAUUGUAAAAAAAUAAAAUAGAAGACUAAAAUUAAGAAAUAAUUAGAAAACUACUUAGGGUCCUUUAAUUAUUUUGCGAAAAUCAUAACAAUAAUUUAUAAAACUAUUUAAGAUACUAAAAUAAUAGUAGAAACAAUUUUGAUAUUAUACAAAUUGUUAUAGAGCUUUUAUUGGUUCUAUAUGAAAAUAUUUGCGAUAAAUAUUUCCCUAAUAUAAAAUAAUGUCUAGAAACAUUAAUAGAAUUUAUACAAGGCCCUUGUAAAUAAAACUAGGAAUUAUUAAUUGAUUCUAAAUAUUUUUAAUUUGCAGAAAAGCUUUUGUAAAUAAAAAAUAAUAAUGAUAAUUAAAAAAUAUAAAAAUGGAUGUAUGAAUAAUUAAAAUAUAAAGUAAUUUUUUUUUGUAUAAAAAAUAAAUAGACUUAUAUUAAUUUUCUAAUUAAAAAUAAUUAUAUAUAAAAAUAUAUAUAAUAUUAAAUAUAAGACACUCAUAUUAACUAAUUCUUUAUUAGAAUUAAACAAUUCUAAUUAAAUUGUAAAAAGAAUAAUGCGUAGUUUUCCUUUAUAACUAUUAAAAUUAAACUUAAUAGAUGUAUAUUAAAAGUAUUUUAAAUUAAAAUAAAAUUAGCCUUCAUAAAAUAGUAAUGAUGAUAUUUCUUAUUAUGAAUGUAUUCUAGAAACUGGAUUUGAUAUUUUUUUUUUAAUUAAACAUUAUUUAGAUUUAGAUAGUGAAGAAUAUGAUUUAGAAACAAAUACUUAAUUAAAUGAAUUAAAAAGCAAUUUUUCGAAUUUCAAAGUUGAUAAUAAGAAAAAAAACAUUAUUUAGUAAAUCUAUACCUUUAUACUAACUUUUGUAUUUAGUAUUAUUGAAACUAUUCAUAAAAUUUCAUUAAUUAUACAUAAAAAACUUGAAAAUAAAGAAAAUUAAAAUAAUACAGUAGAUAAAUAUUUUUUUUUUUAUAAAUAUAAUAUUUUUUAUUAAAAAUGUUUAGUGUUGAAGUAGUUAUUAACAAUUAAAUUUAUAAAACUAAUUUUAUUUUAUUACCAUUUUGUCAUUAUUUACCAUAAAAAAACAAAUAAUAAUUUCAAAACAUUGUAAAUAGAGAAUCUACACAUACUAAAAUUUAAAGUUUAAUAGAACUAUCAAAUAAUAUAAUAAACAUAUGUAAGCAUGAAGAAAAGUUAUCUAAUCUUUUUUAAAAAAAAUAAAAUAUUAUCUAUUUUUGCAAAUUAUGUUGAUUUAUGGAGAGAUUUAGCUUUUUUGGUUAGUAUUUUAUUAAACUUAUUAAUAUUGUUUUCGUACGGAGAAGGAUAAAGUGAAGAUCCUGAAAUAAGGAAACAUAAUCGAAUGUGGACUCCAUAUUUAUUUAAUUAGACAAAAGAUGAUAUAUAAAAUACUUUAUAAAUUUAUUAAUAUUUUGGAGUAUGUAUGAUAAUAUUAAGUUAAUUUGUUGUAAUAUUUUUUAUGUGCAAAACAGCUCCUAUUUACUUUAAAGAUAUAUGGGAAUAAAAUAGGAAUACAUUAGAAUAAUAAGGUAAAUCAUAUAUAACAUAAAUAAUAAUUAUAGGAAAAUGUAUUAUCGCUUUAUUAUUAAAUCUAUAAAUUAUUUUUUAUUUUCUUUAUGGAUUUCUUGCUUUUAUUGCUACUUAUUUUCAUCCUUUUUUUUUUGCUUUUCAUCUUAUUGAAAUUUUAAUUAGAUUUGAAACUUUAGCAAAUAUACUAAAAAGUGUUUCGGAAUCUAAGCUUGCUCUUUUUUUAACCCUUGUUUUGAUUAUUAUGAUUACUUUUUUCUUUUCUAUUUCUGCUUAUAUGCAUUUUUUUCCUGAUUAUAAUGGAAGAUAAAGUAACGUUUCUAAUGUUUCAGAUAAUGGAAAAGGUUAUAUUUUUUUAAGUCAUUUUAAUUUUUUAAAAAUAUAAAUUUAUUAAGAAUAUAAAUAUGAUAGAUUUGUUUAUGAUAAUAUGGGAAAUAUUAUCAUAGUAUUGAUUAUGAUUUAAAUUUUUGCAGGAAUUAUUAUUGAUAAAUUUAGCUAAUUAAGAGAAAUAAAUCAUUUUAAAAAAAAAGAUACAUAUGAAAUUUGUUUUAUUUGUGGAAUUGAAAGGUUUUUAUAUUUUUUUUAAUAUAUUUAAAAACCAUAAAUAAAUAAUAAAAGAGAAUUAUUAGAAAGAUAACUGGAUUAAGGAUUCGAAUAACAUAUUAAAAAAGAUCAUUAUUUAUGGAAUUAUAUAUUUUAUAUUGCUAAUAUAAAUCAUAAAAAGCCUACUGAAUUCACAGGAAUUGAAAGCUAUAUUUAUUAAAAAAUAUAGGAGUAAGAUAAUUAAUGGUUUCCAAUAUAAAAAACUUUGCUAUUAUCAUAAUAAAAUAAUUAAAAAAAUGAAGAAGAAAAUUUAGAAAUUUUAAAAUAAGAAGUAAUUUUUAAUUUGUCAUUUUUUUAAAAAUAUAUAAAUUUUUUAUUUUUUAUAAUAAGUCUGAUAUUUGUGUAAAAUAAAUGA